GAAGGAGGAGGAGAAGACGGGAUGGCGAUGGAGCAGAAGUUUGGAAUAAGUUUGAAACUCUGAGAUGUUUUCACCGCAGCCUGGACCACAAGAGGUUUAAAGAACGGAGAAAUAUUUCAGAACCGGGCAACCAUCGUGCGGGAAAAAGUUGCUGAAGUUCCACCAAAGGACUGUUUGCGCAAUGGCGCGCACAUAGGGCGCGCGCGCGCCGGACGCGUCCAGAGGUUCGGAUCGAGGGAAAAGUCUUCGUGGCGUCCCGGGAUGGGGGCCGCGCCGGGUUCGGGCUGGGAGGAGGGCGAGUUCGAGUUCAAGCUGGUGUUUGAGGAGGACCAGCGGGGGCCGAACCCGGUGCCGGCGGCCGACACGGAGAGCUCCGGGGCCCCGCGGCAGCUGGAGCCCGGCGCCGAUGUCCACUUGCAGCCUGCCACUCAUGCAGCCCAGUCAAUCAGCAUUCCCAGUCCGCCACCCUCUGCCAAUCAGCGGGCUGGGAUGCAUUCCCCGCCCCCUCGGAGGGCUCUGGCCAGAGAGUUCAGCGGGACGUACGAGAGUCUGCCAGCGCGCUCGGUUCAGGUGUCUGAGUCCCGUGUAGUCGAGUGUCCAAGCAUCCAGAUUACCACAAUCUCCCCCGAGGAUGACCCACCACCCACAAUUCCCAGCUACUGGGACAUGGGGGGCGGUGGUGGUGGUUGGGACAGAGAGCGCCUCUACCUACCCCUUCUGGACCCCUUUGCUUAUCGCGAUGGAUGCCCUGGCUCUCUCAGCCCAAGCCCCACCUCCAGCCCCUCCUCACGUGGCUGGCUCAGCCCCGCUUCCAGUUGUGAUUCGCUGUUGGUGGAGGAGGAGGAGUUAACCGAGGCCACUGUCAGUUUUGGGCUCUCGCCGACCUCCAGGCCGACCUCCCCCGGGGGUAAGAAGCGCCGAAACUCCCCCCUGGCCUCCCCCUGUACAUCACGGAGGGGCAGCUACUCAGAGGAGCUCCAGGGGUGCAACCUUGAAGGAGGAGACCCUGCCUUUCAGUCAAAAGUGCCACCCAACAGUUGUGAGCUCAGCAUCCCUCAGAAAACCAGAAAGACGUCUUUGGAACAGUUGUCUCCCAGGGAGGUGGAUCAGGAGCAGGCUCCGUGCCCACUGCCAGAGUCCAACCAGACCAGGAGAGAGGCGCCGUCACUGGGCAUGGACUACCUGUCUGUGCCGCCGGUCCCAGGCUGGGGCAGGACGCGGGCCAGCGCACACAGCCCUCUGUUCAGGUCAAAUGCCCUGCCUCCACUUGAUUGGCCGUUGCCAUCCCAGUUCGACCAGUACGAGCUGCGUAUUGAGGUGCAGCCCCGCCCACACCACAGAGCGCACUAUGAGACCGAGGGGAGCAGAGGAGCCGUCAAAGCUGCACCAGCAGGACAUCCUGUCGUCAAGCUGUGUGGGUACACGGAGAGGAAGCCGCUAUCACUCCAGGUGUUCGUGGGAACGGCUGACGACCGAUCCAUCAGACCUCAUCCCUUCUAUCAGAUACACAGGGUGACGGGGAAGAUGGUGGGCACAGCCAGCCAUGAGAGCAUCCAGGCCGGAACCAAGCUGCUGGACAUCCCCCUGAACCCCGACAACAACAUGACGGCACUCAUUGACUGUGCUGGCGUUCUGAAGCUGAGGAACUCUGACAUCGAGCUGAGAAAAGGAGAAACAGAUGUUGGAAGGAAGAACACGCGUGUUCGCUUGGUUUUUCGCACCCACCUCCCUCUAGCGCCCCCUGUAGGACCGCCAGGCCGAGUGCUGGCUCUGCAGGUCGCCUCUCUGCCAAUCGAGUGCUCUCAGCGUUCGGCGCAGGAGCUGCCCGUCAUUGAGUCUGUCAGUUUGGCAUCUUGCUGUGUAGAAGGAGGGGAGGAGCUGCUGCUAAGCGGCGCCAACUUCCUGCCGAUCUCCAGGGUCCUUUUCAUGGAGCGAGGCUCAGACGGUAAGUUGCAGUGGGAGGAAGAGGCUCAUGUUGACCGCACCAACAGUAACGAGUGUUUACUGUGCGUAAGGGUUCCAGCCUACAGCGACCUGUCCGUCAGCCGGCCCGUGUCCGUCAGCCUUUAUGUCUCCAAUGGGAAGCGAAAACGCAGCAGCAAUCACUGUUUCAAGUAUCUUCCCAUUAUGUUCAAAGAGGAAGACCCCGUGCUGUCCCGGUCCACGCUUAUACCCCUGGAUGGGGAGACUGUUGGGGGUCAGGUCAGGCCGGACAGGGUCUUCCACCUGAGAGGAGAACCCAUGACGGAGGAACGAGGUCUGGGCUUCCACCUGCCGCCCUACCCCUCCACUUACUCCCCCCCGUGCCCGCCAACAGGCUAUCAUGAAGAGUACUGCUCCAAAGCUGACGCAGCGGUCGAGGAGCCCGGCGGCUCCAGGGGAGUCCUGACCGAGCAUCACUCCAGCUUUGAGAACCUGGAGCUGGGCUUCACUGAGCUCCUUCCUCCUCUGUACUCCCGUGGCCCGCAGCCUCCCUCUCCCUCCUCCUCCCCCUGGCUGGACUCACCCUACCUCUCCUCUUCACCCUCUCCUUCCCACUCCUCCUCUCUCAGCCCGUUUCCGGCUGGCAGUCCCAUCUGCACCUCCCCUCUGCCUCCCAUCCCUCCCUCCCCUUACUCCCACUACUCUGCUUAUCCUCAGGAGGUGUGUCCCUCGCCUCCUUCCAACCCGAGCCCCUAUCCAGACCUCUGUGGAGGGCCCUACUCCCACUAUGACAGCUGGGACCCUCAGGGCAGGGUGCUGGAGACUGGACACAGAGGAGGGAGGGACGCACAGACGGGUACCAAAAUCCAGGAGAACCCUCUAGAGUUUUCCAGCUCGGCUUCAAUGCACCACAUCACAUUGGAAGAAG